UGCCCAGCCAGGGCCGCGCUGCGCCCGGUCGCCGCUGUCACUUUGGAUUCCGAAGUGCGCUCUCCUCGGGUUGCUUGCAGACGAGGGCUUAAGUGUCCCUGGUGAGUGUGUUUGGGCUAAUCCAAAGCAACCGCCCGACUCAGAGGGCGGUGCGGGCCCGGCCGCCCCGGAGGUCAGUGCCCUCGCGCGUCCUCAGCUACCUCAGGCUCCGGCACUUGCUGCUCAGGAGGCGCCUCCGGAGCGCAGGGCACCGGCCAAAGAGGAAUCAACCCGGAAAACUGUCAUCCCUGCGCCUAGCCUGGCAGAAAGACUGGUAACUGCGGGAGUUUGGCUAUCUACCAAGCAAUAUGAAGAUUUUAUUUGUAGAACCUGCCCUUUGCAUUAGUGCAUUUGCUAUGACUUUGGUUGGUCCACUGACAACACAAUAUGUGUAUAAGAGAAUAUGGGACAAAACUGUUAACUCUAGUAUUACAACUGAUAGCAAUAUUUCUAAAUGUGAAAUGCACGAAAACAGUCCAGUAUUUGCAUUCCAGGAGGAAGUUCAGAAAAAAGUGUCCCUUUUUAAUCUGCAGAUGGACAUAAGUGGAUUAAUUCCGGGUCUAGUGUCUUCAUUCAUAUUUCUGUCUUAUAGUGAUCACAAAGGACGAAAAUUCCCUAUGAUUUUGUCUUGCAUGGGUGCACUCGCAACCAGUGUUUGGCUCUGUUUGCUUUCCUAUUUUGCCUUUCCAUUCCAGCUAUUGAUCGCAUCUACCUUUAUUGCUUCCUUUUGUGGCAAUUCUACCACAUUUUUGGGAGCCUGUUUUGCCUAUAUCGUUGACCAAUGUAAAGAAGAGAAACAAAGAACAUUUCGAAUAGCUAUAACUGACUUCUUACUUGGACUUGUUACUGGAUUAACAGGACUGUCUUCUGGCUAUUUUAUUAGAGAACUAGAUUAUACGUGGUCAUUUUUAGUUAUUACUCUGGCUCAUACUGUUAACUUGAUUUAUAUUUUAUUUUUUCUUGAUGAUUCAAUGAAAGAGACUUCAUCUCAGAAUGUUUCCGUAUCAUGCAGUGAAGCGUUUAAAAACCUAUUUAACCGAACUUACAUGCUUUUUAAAAAUUCUGCUGGUAGGGGACGAUCUCUGCUCUUUUUGUUACUUUUUACAAUGAUCAGUUACUUUUUUGUGAUAAUUGGCGCUGCCCCCAUUUUUAUCCUUUAUGAAUUAGAUUCACCACUCUGCUGGAAUGAAGUUUUUAUAGGUUAUGGGUCAGCAUUGGGUAGCAUCUCUUUCUUGACUAGUUUCCUAGGAAUAUGGCUUUUUUCUUACUGUAUGAAAGACAUUUACAUGGCCUUCAUUGGAAUUUUUACCACCAUGGUGGGAAUGGCUAUGACUGCUUUUGCCACAACAACACUGAUGAUGUUUUUAGUCAGGUUGCCUUUCCUUUUCACUGUCGUUCCACUGUCUGUUCUACGGUCCAUGAUGUCAGCAGUGGUUGGUUCCACUGAACAAGGUACCCUUUUUGCUUGUAUUGCUUUCUCAGAAACACUCAGUGGAGUCAUUGCAGUUUCUACUUUCAAUGGAAUUUAUUCAGCCACCGUUGCUUGGUACCCAGGCUUUAUCUUUCUGUUGUCUGCUGUUCUGUUACUACUUCCAGCCACCAGUCUAUGUGUCGCCAAGUGCACCAGCUGGAAUGAGGGAAGCUAUAUGCGUCACACAGAAGUAGAAUCUAAUGAAGACUCUUCGGACAGAUGACAAAUUGUGAUUUAAAAAAAAAUAUGCGCAUAUCAUUCUCUGACUUCUGAAGGCUAUAACCUAGCUCCACAAUCAAUCCUUCCUGAAUAAUCAAAGCUCUACGUCCUUCGUUUUAAAAAGAACACUCAGGGAAAUUGUUCCUGGCACGAGCUCCUGACAGUACCAUGCACUUUGAGCACUUUAUGAAGAAAUACCAUGUGAUCUGUUUCCAAUAGAACCAAUCAAAAUACUUCCCACUUUUGGAUUUAGGGGGAAAAAACAGGAAUUGAAUGGUGUAAGAAGGGAUUAAGAAACGCAAUACAAUUAAAAGCAAUAAUCUCCUUGAUAUACUCCAAUCACAUUGAGACGAAGAACUUUUUACCUCAGUUUCUUCAUCUGCAAAAUAGGUUUCUGACCUUUCUCAAGGAUUUUGAAGGCACAACUUGAAAAUUAUGAGAACUUGACUGACAGGAAAAUAAUGACAAAAGUUUUAAAUACUUAUAAUUUUAUCUCUACUUGGAUAAUGCUGUUUGAUAGAGCCCAUCAAGGUACUGGUAAUAGUCAAAGCUUUUAAAAAAAAUGAAAAUCCCUAGAAGGGACACAUUGAAAUAAUCCAUUUUCAUCUUUUUAAUGUUUCAUUAGUGAUAGGCAUGUUAACUCUAUAUGUAAAUAGCAGUGAUUGGAUAACAAAAUACUUUCUAAAGAAAUGUGAAUACUGAAUAAGCAGCUAAUUGUCAAGUAAUAUUACUGCACCAGUAUUCAUUAUUUCUGUGAAAGGAUGUCUAUUUCUUGCUCCCUUACACUCAUCCUGGUAUCCAUCCUGGUCUCUCAAAACACGUUUUCAUGCCACCUUUUUUUAAAAAACACCUUUCCAUUUGCACUUUAGUCCUUUGAAACUUUCAAGUAACAGCAAAACAUUGCUUUCUCAGUGUAGCCUUCUUACCAUUUCUUCUCUUCUCUCCAGACCUCCUCCAGCCCCUGCAGAGCACUUUGUGGAUAUUUAGAUGCUAGCACUUUCCAUUCUGGCAUUUGUUUGCCUGUUUGACCAUGAGCAUAUUGAGGACAGGGACAUUCUUUGAUUACUCAGUGUAUUCUCAAUAAAUGUUUGUUGAAUAUUUUCAGUGCCUACAAAAUUUUGUCUUUAAUGCAUUAUGGGAGUAGCCACUGAUACCAUGCAACAAUCAUUAAGCCAGCCUAGCAAAUAAACUGGAA